GAUGGAGCGGGCUGCGGCGCGCUGAGCUGACACUACCUCUCCGCUAGGAUUCAUGUGGCCCCCGCGUGAUCGCGGGGCGGGUAACCGGGUAGGGCCGGGCGGGGCAGCUCCAGGGAACCGAAGCGAGCCCGGGGUUUCUCCGAAGACCCGGCGCUGCGGAUUCCUCACCGCGAGGAGGGACCAUUGCUAUGGAAACCAGAGCGCGGGGCAGCGGGGGAUUGUGGCUCCCGGAUGGUGACGGAUCUUCUCUCUCCCCGAGACCCUCACCCGAGGCUUCGGGCGCGAUUGCUUCCUGAACGAACCUGCCCUCCCGCCCACGGGAGAGAGUUUUCCAUGGCACAGCCCAACAGAAAGAUGUAGCCCUUGUGCCUCACUGGCCGCUGACCCACUGGCCUGAUGACAGCACCCCCGUGUACGUUUCCGGUUCAGUUCCGGCAGCCCUCGGUCAGUGGCCUCUCACAGAUCACCAGCAGCCUGUAUGUCAGCAAUGGGGUGGCCGCCAACAACAAGCUCAUGCUCUCCAGCAACCAGAUCACCACGGUCAUCAACGUGUCGGUGGAAGUGGUAAAUACCUUAUACGAGGACAUCCAGUACGUACAGGUGCCUGUGGCCGACACACCCAUCUCGCGUCUCUGUGACUUCUUUGACCCCAUUGCUGACCACAUCCACAGCGUAGAGCUGAAGCAGGGCCGCACGCUGCUGCACUGCGCUGCUGGCGUGAGCCGCUCAGCUGCCCUCUGCCUGGCCUACCUCAUGAAGUACCAUGCCAUGUCCCUGCUGGACGCCCACACGUGGACCAAGUCAUGCCGGCCCAUCAUCCGACCCAACAAUGGCUUUUGGGAGCAGCUCAUCCACUAUGAAUUCCAGCUGUUUGGCAAGAAUACCGUGCACAUGGUCAGCUCCCCUAUGGGAGUGAUCCCUGACAUCUACGAGAAGGAGGUCCAUUUGAUGAUUCCACUGUGAGCCUGCCAGCACCCCCCGCACCCCCGCACCCAGGUCAGAGGUGCAGAUCUGCUGUUGACCCUCCACCAAGAUCUGAACUUAAAACGUUCCACUUUUGCUGAUACAGAAAAAACAGAUGAUGCCUUUUAUAAGGGUCCGAGAAAAAGGAAAGGUGCUGUAGCUUUUAACCUUAUUAUCCGUAUCUUCAAAGAUUAAAUUCACUAACUAUACAAUG